UACAACGUAGCAUAUCUCUUUCAUCCAAGCGAUACCUAUCACAAUCCCUUAAUACUUAAAUCGGUUCAUCCACUUCAUCCCACCCAUUCAAGUUCUUUUCACUCUCACGACUUUAUUCUAACAACUUCCAACCAACAACCAACCACCAAAUCUUCACAAUGUCUUCAGGCGGCAAAGGUAAAACCUCUGACUCCAAGUCCACUUCUCGUUCUUCCAAGGCUGGUCUUCAAUUCCCAGUCGGUCGUAUCCACCGUAAAUUGAAGCGCGGCAACUACGCCCAACGUGUCGGUGCCGGUGCCCCCGUUUACCUCGCUGCUGUCCUCGAGUACCUCGCUGCUGAAAUUCUUGAACUCGCCGGUAACGCCGCUCGUGACAACAAAAAGACUCGUAUCAUCCCUCGUCACCUCCAACUCGCCGUCCGUAAUGACGAAGAGCUCAACAGGCUUCUCGGACAGGUAACCAUCUCUCAAGGUGGUGUCUUGCCUUACAUCAGCCCCGAGCUCCUCCCUUCCAAGACUGCCACCGGCAAGAAAGGCAAAGCGUCUCAAGAGGUUUAAGUGGGGCAAAGCGUUCGGUAGGAGUUUGGGGAUGUGGUUUCGUAAAUGUGCUCUUUGUACCUUCGUUUUCGCUACUCUUCUUAUGACAUCGUGUUCGAUGCAUUCUUCGGUUUUAACUUAAUCUGA